UCAGGACGUAAUGCCAAACGUCAAAUUACUGUCAACUGUCAUCAACCUAAUUGACAUUGACAAUUAAACAAUCGACCGACAUUUUCUUUUUGUUUGUGGUUUCUUUCGCAAACGUCUAUUUACGGCGAUACACGUUUCGUGUCUAUACGACUUAAAAAAUGCGUUACGUGGCCGCGUAUUUAUUAGCUGUGCUGGGUGGCAAGGCAUCACCAGCAGCAGCAGACCUUGAAAAGAUCCUGAGCUCAGUCGGUAUUGAAGCCGACUCAGAUAAACUGAAGAAAGUCAUUGAUGAGCUGAAAGGAAAGUCUGUUGAAGACUUAAUCGCGCAAGGUCGUGAGAAGCUGUCGUCCAUGCCUGCUGGUGGCGCCGCGCCCGCAGCCGCCGCCGCCGCACCUGCUGCAGCCGCAGCUGAGGAGAAGAAGGAAGAGAAGGAGACCAAGAAAGAAGAGUCUGAGUCUGACGAUGAAGAUAUGGGCUUCGGUCUCUUUGACUAAGUGUACCAAGGUUGCGAAGCACGCGGUUUUUUAUUCCAUUUUUGGUUUAAGCGUAAAUUGACUACUAGUAUGUUUCUGUGAAAUAUACAAUGUAACUAA